CAUACCUCAUAUACGUCACAAAAAGGUGUCAAGAUGGCGAUGGUUAGAAAAUUAUGCUCGUGACUUCUCAAUUGCUAUUUUCAUAUCUGCGCGAAUUUUGGCCUGCACUGCUGGAAAUGUUUCGGAUAUCUCAGCGCCAAAGCGAAAGGAGAUUGGCGGACCAUUGGAAACAUCUACCUGAUACAGUUCUCAUAGAUGUAUUUCUUUUACUUCAAGACUCCGAUCGCAGUGCUCUCGGUCAAGUUUGCAAACGAUUCAAUCAGCUCUUUAAAUCCGCACGCCUUUGGAGACGGCGUGAGUUCGAUCUCACGUGCAUGUCAGUCGCUGAUGAAGAGCGUAUGCUUGGCUUUGGGAGGAACCACGCAGCCCAUCUGCGCCAUCUGAUAUUGAGCUGUCGCCAUCCUUCAUACCACACGUGUACACGUUUCCAGAAAACGUUGACAACCUUUCUGAAUUUUCUUUUUAGCAAGACAGAACUGUUAGAAUUCAGUAUGGAGCACUUAGAAUUUGAGUGCUAUUGGAGGUAUUCAAUAUCGAGGGAUCGUUUGCUGACAUCACUCAAAAGGUUCGUAAGGACCCAGCGGAAGCUACUUCUCUUUGAUAUGACCCGUGCUUUAUUCAGCGCAGAUGAAGGCUGUGAGCUUAUCCAGUUACUUGGAAAAUCAAGUGGACAAACCUUGCAAGAACUUUACAUCGAAGAACUCUUUGUGAGAUCUUCCAGAAUAUUCCGGAAUCCAAUAUAUUUGGAGAGCGUAGCAAAGUUCAAAAGUCUGAUCUCUCUUCACAUCAGUUAUAACGCAAUUUCUGAAAACACCCUCGUAAUAAUUGCCCGAAAUUGUGGCGAAACACUCGAACACUUAAAAAUCAAGGUGCACAAACACACGUUUAGACAACAUACUAUCAGUCGGUAUGUUUGGAAAGAUAUUGCAAAAAUGUGUCCACGACUUGAAGUGUUCAUUGAGUUCUUAUGUGUUGGGAAUAACGUGGAACUGUUGCGCAUACUGUGCCCGUCCAUUCCCUUAAUUGAUUUAGACAUUGAUAGUGGCUACAACCACGAACAACACACAUGGCGACUGAGCAAUACUUUAGAAUACGUCAGUGACACAUACUCAAAAUCUUUAGAGACACUAUGUCUUGAGCUGGACAACCCGAGCGAGAACAUAGAUGGGGCUUUACGGUAUCUCGUUAGAAAGUGUAUAUUCCUGACGUCGCUUGAGAUCAACGCGCAUUUGAGCGUCUCUCUGAUGGAGGAUAUCUGUAUAUUGCAGUCUAAUGACAAAAUAUUCUUGACAAAAUGCCACAUAAUUGCAUGUAACGUAACACAAGAGGACUAUUCACGUAUGAAGAGGCUACGCCAGGAAUACGUCGAACAGUUUGCUUCACAGGGUUGCGACUUCAAGCUUCGUACAGACUAUUUAAUGGAUAUGAAUGAGGAGUAUGGAAUAGCUGCCCUUGUCGAUUUUGAGGACGAUGAUGACUUGAUAAAUAUCCUUCAAGUGUGAAUACAUGGGAGUUUACUGCAAGAUAGCAUACGCAUGCGCACAUCCCCGUCCGAGUUAAAAUACUUUUGUAGUCAUGUUGACUUCAUCUAACCAGAACCAAAAUUGAAUAACAUAAUACUUUCAAGCUAUCUAUAUACAAGGGGCGAUCCAUAUAUUCUG